UCGCGCGAGGGACACGCAGCCCGGCCCAGCCCUGCCCGUACUCGGCCUGGGGUUUGGCCUCCACGCUCUCUCUGCGCAGACCCGAUGGUGGCCAACCUAUCUGCUUGUGUCCAUGUUGAAUUAAAGGCCCUGGUGGACUGCCUGUGGGGCAAGAGUGAAGAUGAGAUUCUGACCACCGGCAAGUGCUUAAAGAUCAUCCCCAGUGUGGUGGAUGGGACCUUCCUGCCUAGGUACCCACAAGAGCUGCUGGCCUUUGCUGACUUUCAACCUGUCCCCAGCAUCAUUGGUGUCAACAAUGACUAUAGUUGUCUCAUCCCCUAAGGCUUGAAAAUCUGUGACACCUGGAAGGAAAUGGACAGAGAGACAUUGAAGGCUGUUCUGCAGAAAAUGUUAACAAUGACUAUGUUGCCUCCUGAGUUUGGUGAUCUAUUUCUGGAGGAGUACAUGGGAGACAGAAGGGAACCCCAGACCCUCCAAAUCCAGUUCCAUGAGAUGAUGAGGGACUCCGUCUUCAUGAUCCCUGAAUUCCAAGGCACAAAUUUUCAGCAUGAGCACAUCUGUUCCCAUGCCCCAGUCUAUUGCUACGAAUUCUAGCAUCAGCCCAGCUUCUUCAAGGACAGCAAGCCACCAGCCCAUGUGAGGGCAGACCAUGGUGAUGAGAUGUUCUUUGUCUUUGGAACCUCUUCCUGGAGCUACCACAUUGAAGUCACUGAGGAGGAGGAGCUGCUGAGCAAGAAAAUUAUGAAGUACUAGGCCAACUUUGCUCCAAUGGGUGAGAUGAACCCCAACACUGAGGGGCUGCCCCCUUGGCCGUAUAACCAGGAGGAGCAAUACCUGCAGCUGAAACAGCCUGCAGUGGGCCAGGCCCUGAAGGCCCACAAGCUCCAGUUAUGGAUGACAACCCUGCCUCAGAAGAUCCAAGAGCUAAUGGAGGCCAAGGACAAGCACACAGAGCUGUAG